GUAUGUCACGUACGAAGUUGCGGGAAAUGAUGUGGACUGGAAAGAGCUCUAGGCUCUAAACAGAUUUUGUAAUGAAUUACUUUUUGAGUAAACUGAUUACUUGAUCACGAUGAGAGCUAAUAUUUUAAUUCUUACAAUAUGUUUGAUCGUAUGUAUAUCGACCGACAAAAUAGGACUUUAUAGGCAAGGAGACAGUGUCAAUAUUCUUACAUCGGAGAACUUCACGGAUAUUGUUUGUGACAAAGGCAAAGAAUCGGCAUGGGUUAUACAGUUCUACAAUGCUUGGUGCGGUCAUUGUCGACGAUUUGCUCCAAAAUUUAAGAAAUUUGCUAAAGAUGUAAAAGGUUGGUCGAAAGUGAUCUCACUUGGUGUGGUGGCUUGUUCAGAUAAUACUAAUACUGCUCUCUGUCGAAACUAUAACAUCAUGGCAUACCCAACAAUGCUGUUAUUUCCACCAUGUACUACAUCAAACAACAAGACCAAUCUAGAAAGUCUUCCUACACAAGACCCUAAAGAAAUGCGAGCGAAGAUGGCUUCUUUUGUGAAUGAAACAGUACCUGCUCCACCAUCCUGGCCCAAGUUAAAACCAUUAAAAUCUAUAGACGAAAUCUGGGAAGAAGCUACAGCUGAACAUAAACAUGUACUAUUAAUAUUUGAAGAAGCAUAUUCCUAUCUGGGACUUGAGUUAAUUUUAGAUUAUGUAGACCAGAAGAAUAUAUUAAUUAGAAGAAUGUUAAAAGAAACUGUAAUAAAGUAUGGUAUAUCACAAGUGCCAUCAUUAUAUAUUGUUAAUAAGGAGGGAACAUAUAGUCAUAUUGCUACUGGUAGUGGUGUAAACCUUGAUACAGACAGAACUGGAUUUCAAAUGGCUAUAAAUCUUCUGUUAACCAAUAAGUUUAAAACAAAAGAUGGGCAGAAAUUUUUGCUGCACGAAAACAGAACUAAUGAAGGAAAUGUAGUAAAUCAGAAUAUUGAUAAAAAGGGUGAAAGUCAGGAAAAUGCUGGAGCAGGUGAUGGACCAGACAAUAACAAGGUUGAAGAUAGUAAAAUAAAAGAAAUAGAAAGACCUAGAAUAUAUAUGCAGGAUUUAGAAUCUGCACUUCAGGUUUCAUUCCGACAAGAAAUAGCUCUUCGUAGAGAGAUAGAUGGAGAUGAUAUGAUAGCUCUACAAAACUAUGUCACUGUUUUAUCUAAGUAUUUACCAGGUAGAGAUGAAAUUAAGACAUUUUUACAACAAGUAAAUGAUUGGUUAACUACAAUAUCUAGACCAUUAUCUGGUGGUGAUUGGUUACAUGGUAUAGAUGGUCUACAGGAUGAGUUAGUAUAUUUACCUGAUAAGGUACAAUGGGUAGGAUGUAAAGGUAGUGCUGCUGAAUAUAGAGGUUAUCCUUGUAGUAUGUGGACAAUGUUUCAUACCCUUACAGUCAAUGCAUAUUUAAAUGAAAAAGUUGAAGAUGUUAAAGAAGUCAUCCAUGCUAUAGCUGGAUAUAUGAAAUAUUUUUUUGGUUGUGCCGAGUGUACUGAAAACUUUUUGAAAAUGGCAGCUUCUGCUGAUAAAGAUCUGCGGAAGAAGAAAGACAUGGUUAUUUGGCUGUGGAGUGCUCACAAUAAGGCCAACAAAAGACUGCAUGGAGAUUUGUCCGAAGAUCCAGAAUAUCCCAAAAUCCAAUUCCCAUCACCAGAAGCAUGUCCAAAAUGUUACGCUGCCGACAGCAAACCAUGGAAUCCCACAUGGAAAACUGAUGAAGUGUUAAGAUUUUUAGUAGAAAUGUAUCGCGCCAAUAAUAUUAUAACAUCUGUACCGGAUGACCAAGCCGAUUUAAAUCGUUUAUCAUAUCGUAAGGGUAUUAAAUCACCUGCAGAAGAAAAAUCUCUGGAUUGGUGGGAAAAGAGACUACGUGGUCAAGACUUAAAAAAAUUACGCGAAAUUCGAGAAAGAAAGAAAAAUAAAUUGUCUGGAAAUAGUGGUUAUUUUAAAAAUGAGAGUGUUGAUAAAGAAAUAAUCAGUAAUCAUAUUUCUCCGCGCUUAAGAACUAAUUGGAGUUUAAGUAGUGUAGAUUUAGGGAUGUGUAUGGCGUUUUAUGUGAUAUGUGCUAUUAUUAUUCUCAUGUUGUAUUAUCAUUUUACUAUUCGUACUAAAUAUAAACCAAUAUGUAAGUGUUUACCGGUAUGACUAGUAUAUGUUUUCUGUGUGAUAUUGUUUUUUAUUUUGUUAAUGGUGUUUUACAAAUAUGAAUGUUAUUCCUUUAAAUUUGCGUUUUAGAUGACGGAAAACGGGGAAACUCUUUAAUGUUAACCAAAUAAGAUUUUAAUUUUGUUUCGGUGAGUGACAGCCAUACAUUUCUCUCAUAUGAACACUCUUUUAAACAAAACAUACUUGCUUGCUCUUCUCCAAAGUUCUUAGAUACAGUUUUUGAUUUGUAAGGAUUUUAAUCUUGAUUUCUAAGAACUAAAAUUCAAAAUGGUUUGGUUUAUUAUUUUGUGUUUAGGAUUAGUACAUAGUAAUGAUAAUACAGUGCAGAAAUUUGUGAGCUUUUAAUUUUAAAAUUUGUAUUGUAAUUUAUAUUUUUGUGAUGUAUAUAAUUAUAAAUUAUCAUCAGCAAAGCUUUAAACUAUUUAUGCCUAAAACAAAAGUGCUUGACAUUUGUUGUAUUUUAUAAAACAAUUGAUAUGUUUAUUUUUUGUGUAGGUAGGCAUAGUUGAGGUGUAGUACUUAAAUUUGUUAAUCAUUAAAGUAAACUAUUUACGGUUGUACAAUAUCUGCAUUCAUUUAUAAUGGAUGUUUAGACAGUUCAAAGAUAU